AAAUAGCGCAGCGCAGCUCGCCCCGUAUUCCUCUCGUCCCUCUCCUCUGCAGUCUGCACUCAACAAAUCCUAGGUUUCACCGCCGCCGCCGACCCCGCCUCCAGCUGCCUUUCUCAACGCCGACGAAUGGACGCCGGCGGUGCUGGGUAGACGCGCCCCUCCUCUGUCCCGCGCGACGGCCGCACAUCAACCGCCACGGCGUCGGCUGCUGGAGCUCACUCCCCAGGCUGGCCGGGCUGAACCGCUGCGGCAAGAGCUGCUACCUGCGGUGGAUCAACUACCCCCGCCCCGACCUCAAGCGCGGCUGCUUCUCGCAGCAGCAGGAGGACCACAUCGUCGCGCUCAACCGGAUCCUCAGCAACAGGGGGGGUCGGGAUGACAAGUGUUGGAGCAAGCACAGCCACCAGCCAACAUUGUUGCAGUGGGUGUGGCGCUCAGAAAGCCUAUGUCCUGCCCUGGGAGUCGCUGAAUGCUGAUUUGCUGAAGCUGAUCGCUUACCGGGUACUCUCUAGUGACCUGCUGCACUAUGUCUGGUUCCGCGCGGUGUGCAAGCAGUGGCGUGCCAACACUCCUAGCCCACGCGGCUGUGGCGUGGUAGACCCGCGCUUUCACCCACGGCAAUGGAUGAUGUUUCCGGAGGGCAACGGCCUACACCCCGGCCACCCUGCAUUGGGCGGCUACAUCCGCUUCCUCAACAUCUACAGCGGCAUCUUCAUCCGCGUGCACCUCCCGUGCUUCGAGGACCACUCUGUGCUUGACUGCCCCGAUGGACUCCUUCUCCUGCAGCGCAAGAAGGAUGCUGCUAUCUGCCUCCUCCACCCCUUCACCGGUGAUGUUGCCGAAUUUCCUCCCCUUGCCUCCCUCUGCUUGUACAUGAGUAAGUUCGGGAUCUUUCUGAAUGGCCCUUAUGAUCUUCGACUACGGAUGGUCCACGCGGCUGUCUCCGUCCAUGUGGGUGGCAGUAUUACCAUCAUGGUUGCGCUCAGCCACGCCGAGCGCAUGGCGUACGUAUCCACCGGUGACAAGCACUGGACUCACACAAGCUGGAUGAUGACUGGCAUGAGGACAGCACUGCCAUUCCGUGGCAGCCUCUACAUGGUGAGGAGAUCGAAAAACAAACCCUCACACAUCAUGCGCGUUAAUCCACCAGAUAGCUCCAGUUCCUCCUCGUGGCCGUCUACACCGCCACAUGUCCAGCUAAUCUGAUGGCUAAGCCUUACCUGGUGGAGUGCAAUUCUGAACUUCUUCUGGUCGGCUAUACCGACAGACACUUGCAGCUUGUGGUUAUCCGGCUUGCUGACCUCCUGCUCGGAGUCCCUGCCACGCCAUUGACAAGCAUCGGCGACCAUUCCCUGUUCAUUGGUACUUGGAGCAUGGCUGUCAACUGCAGCAACCUACCAUCCGUUCAGGGGAACUCCGUCACCAUCCUCAACCCACCUAGCAGCGGCCGACUGGGGCAAUAUGAUCUGGGCAGAGGUACCUGGUCGCCGCUGUGUGAUAGAAACUUCUACACUGUCAGCGGCCCCAUACCGAGGCCAUACAGUCUUGUCCACCACAUUGUCAGUUGUUGCCAGCGUCUUUACUGGAUCAAUGGGCACAUCUGGACCCGCCACCAUUACUCUGAACAUCGUUGGCAUAUAGUCGCUGUAGUACAUAGAAAUGUUUGCACAGUCUGCAGUGAUCAGUUGAAGGCUAUUCAUGCUUCCAAGAUCUACGUUGAAUGUCUCGGCUUUGCAGGUUAUCAAACAGCUUCGUGUGGUACGAACAUAUGGCGACAGAUGGUUUAGGAUGUAUUUGGCUGUGUGUUUGCCUCUACACUUUGUCUACUUUUGUCAAGACAUUUGAGUCUAACUCGGAUGAAUUCGGAAAUAUGCUGGGUUGCCUUUA